AUGGCGUACGCACACAUCACUCUGAGUCAUGAGUUCCCAGCCGUAGAGAUGGAGGACUUUGUUAAAUGCACAACCCAAGCAAUAUGCGAUGCAACCGGAAAGCCGGAGGCAUACAUACUGGUUACUGCGUCCCGAGAAAACCUCAUUGUCGGCCUCCUUCCCCAAAGCCAGGUCUUCGUGCAGCUCACCAUAAUCGGCAUCGACGACCCCUUUCGAUCCGAGCAGAUAUCGAAGUUUAUCUGCCGACGUUUACUAUUAUAUAAAAGGGAGCUCGCCUCAUCGCAGGUGAACAUAGUGAUAAAUUACAAGCAACGGGGGACACUGUGCGUUUGCGGCAACCAAAUCUGA